AUGGCAGCUGUACAGGGUCCCACUUUCCCAACGCCAGUAAUAACCAGCGACCAGCUCAAGGGCAACUUACCCACCGUCACAAUCGACGAGAAUGUCGAUUGUGCUGCAAUAGCCACCUCAUGCAUUGCCCGUCUCCAAAACCUGCAGCAAAGCGACCUGACCGACGAUGCAUUAUGGAGAGACUCUCUGAGCAUCACUGAACACCAGCGAACCUUCAACAGUGCAACAUCCAUAAUUGCUGUCUGGAAUGAGUUGAAGGCCAGAUGCCAACCUCACAACUUUCGACUUGUACCAAACACGGCGAUGGUAUUUAGACUGGGACCCCGUCCAGCUUGGCUUACUGCUGCUUUCACAUUUGAGACCGAUGGAUCUCAUCCUGCUGAAUGCUCAGGCCGAUUGAACAUGGUUCCUGACGACAGCAGCGACUAUAAGAUCUGGGUCUUCUGCACAAUCAUUGAGGCACUCAAGGAUCAUGAUGGACAUGGAAACCCAGACAGCCUCCCCGAUCCAAAGUUCGCGCCAGCUGCCAACCUCGAAGUUGGCGGUAAAAUUGAUUGCAUCAUUGCAGGAGGCGGUAUGGCUGGUCUCUGUGCUGCAGGAAGACUGCACGCACUUCGCAUUCCCUAUCUCGUCGUCGAACGCAAUGCUUCAGUUGGCGACAACUGGACUAAGCGAUAUGACUCUAUGCAUCUACACCUCUCAAACAGCUAUAGCGAGAUGCCAUUUCAACGUGUGUAUCUUGACAAGCCAUACAAUCUCAGCAGUCGAGACUUGGCCGACGGCAUGCAGAAAUACGUCGACAUGCACAAUAUCCAAAUCUGGCUGUCAAGUUCGGUAGACCAAGCACGCUGGGACGAAAACACCAAGAGCUGGACCGUGACUGUAAGCAAACAAGGACAACUUUGCAAGUUCAGGGCAAAACACCUCGUCAUGGCCAUUGGAGGCGGCUUGGAUGUACCGAGACUCCCUAAAGAAUAUGCCAAUCGCGACGAGUACCAGGGUACCGUGCUACAUUCCAUAGACUGGAAAAACGCAGACGCUUUUACUGGCAAAAAGGGUGUAAUCAUCGGGUCGGCCAACAGCGCCUUCGACAUAGCCAAAAACAUGGUCGACAGCAACAUGUCAGAGAUCACCAUGGUUCAACGCAGCACAACCCACGUCAUCUCAACCAAAGUGUUCUACCCCUUGAUCGAUCCUCUCUACAAUCCAGAAACCGACGUAGGGCUCUCGGAUAGAUUGAUGCUGACACCACCCUACGCAGUAGGCAGAUUAGCAAUCAUGGCAGGGGCAACAGCUCUUCAAUCUCAAGAUCCAGACCACUACUCCUACCUCCAAGCAGCAGGUUUCAAAUACCACCAAAGCCCAGAUCUGCUCGCCGACGCACUCGAAAGAUUCGGCGGUCAUGUAUUGGAUCACGGUACUGUGUCUUCAGUCUUCAACUCUGGAAAAUUCAAAGUCAAAUCUGGCAUUUUACCUGUUUCAUUCACGAGAACUGGCUUGCGCUUUCAGGAUGGCAGUGAAGUCGAUGCAGAUGUAAUAGUCCUAGCCACAGGCUUCAGAAGCAACUUGCGCGAAAGUGUUGCCGCCAUAGUCGGUUCUUCUACCGCCAACUGCCUCGACGAUUUCUUCGGUCUCGAUGCCGAAGGAGAGAUUAGAGGAUUGGCUAAACCUAUUGGUCAUCCAGGGAUUUGGUAUCUCGGAGGCGGUACCGCCAAUGCUCGUUUCCAUUCUAGAGUGCUGGCCAUGCAGAUUGCUGCUGAUGUUAGAGGGAGGCCUUUUGUACCCUAUACUGCUACUCCUUGA